AUGUCCGACAAGCUCAGGGAAUUUCUCGAUGUUCCUCAACAAUUUGUUCGUGAGGGCAACCAGUUUAUGACACGCUGCACCAAGCCGUCGCAAAAAGAGUAUAUCCAAAUCUCAAAGGCCGUCGCGAUUGGGUUCGCCAUCAUGGGCUUUAUCGGCUAUUUUGUCAAGCUGAUACAUAUUCCAAUCAACAACAUCCUUGUUGGAGGUGCAUGA